CUUCCUUCAAGAACCCCCUAGGGUUUUGCAGUCAAAUCUCCAGUGUAGCGCCGCAGUUGGAUAGGUUCCUCUUCGGCUCGGUGACUCUUGUAGCGUUUGCGUUUUUCACUUUUCCUGAGUCGACAUGAACUUGAAGCUAUUGAUAUUGAGGGAACAGUUAAACAAGGUAUCAAGAUUUAAUGGAAGAUUACAUUCUGCAGGCCCAAGUCAUUGCAAAAACUUUUCUACCAUUACAUCUCUGGUUUCUACUUCCAGUUACUCUCUGAGCAAGGAUCAUGGUUCUGUUCUGCAACUUAUCUUUAAAACCCAGAAAAUGGCUGGGUUAUCUGGUAGAUAUUUUCAUUCAACACGAGCUGUUAGGCUAAGUCAAGCCAGCAUUGAGCCGGGUAUUAAGCCCAAUGAUUUUGAGGGCGAUGAUGGAACCAUGAAUGAGUUCUUAUCACGGUUUGUUUGGAUAAUGCGAGGGAAGCUGUCUGGAGUGUACUCAAAAUGUGAUAAGGAGACAAUUAAUGGGAUGCUUUCCAUUAUUGUUGCUAAUGUUGUGGAUGAGAUGGAAAAGGGUGGGAUUGAGAAGAAGCUUGGUACUGCAGUGGCUGCACCGUCGCAGGAUUUUAGUCAAGAUUUAUGGGGAACGGUGUGGGAAGUGAGUAAUAUGGUGUUGCAGGAUAUGGAGAAGGCGAGGAAGAAGGAAAAGAUGAAGAAGUUUUUGCAGUCUGAAGAAGUAAAGGAAAUGUACCGAUUUGCUAGUGAAGCUGGUAUUCGUGGAGAUUUGUUGAGGGAGCUGAGGUUCAAAUGGGCUCUAGAGAAAAUGGAGGAAACUGAGUUUUAUGUGAGUUUGGAACGCCUUAGGGAAGAAGAGCAGGACAGAGAGAAAGAAGAAGGCAAGGCAAUGCAUCUAGAGGUUAGUGCCGAAGGGGCUGAGGAUAAACCUGAUGUUGCAUCUAUACUAAAGAGAAAAGGAAAGAUCAGGUAUAAGAUUUAUGGACUUGAUUUAUCAGAUCCUAAGUGGGCUGAGGUGGCUGAUAAACUCCAUGACGCAGAGGAAAUUAUUGUGCCACAGGAGCCGAAGCCAAUAUCUGGUAAAUCUAAACUUGUUAUGGAGAAAAUCCUUUUAUUGAGAGAGGAAGAUGACCCUUCUCCACUACUAGCUGAAUGGAUCGAGCUUCUGCAACCUAGUCGUGCAGAUUGGAUCACUUUGCUUGAUAGAUUGGAACAAAAAAAUGCUGGUCUAUACUUAAAGGUUGCAGAAAGUUUGUUGGAUGAAAAAUCUUUCCAAGCAAACAUUCGUGACUACACAAAGCUUAUUGAUGCUCGUGCUAAAAAGAACCACAUAGAGGAUGCUGAGAGAGUCCUAAAGAAAAUGGGUGAAAAUGGUAUCUUUCCUGAUAUUUUAACUUCAACACUUCUUGUUCACAUGUAUAGCAAGGCUGGCAAUCUUGAUCGUGCUAAAGAAGCAUUUGAAAGCUUGAGAAGCUUUGGAUUCCAUCCAGAUCAGAAGGUCUACAACUCAAUGAUCUUGGCCUAUGUCAAUGCUGUCCAACCUAAAUUGGGUGAGUCAUUAAUGAGGGAGAUGGAAGCAAGAGACAUCAAACCUUCAGAGGAGAUUUACUUGGCAUUGCUUAGGUCUUUUGCCCAAAGCGGUGAUGUUGGUGGAGCUGGACGAAUUGCAACCACCAUGCAGUUUUCAGGGUUCCAGCCAACUUUAGAGUCUUUCACACUGCUUGUUGAGACAUAUGCGCAAGCUGGUGACCCUGAUCAAGCUAGACACAAUUUUGACCACAUGAUAAAACUUGGGUUCAAACCCAAUGAUAGGUGCACUGCUAGCAUGAUUGCAGCAUACGAAAGGAAAAAUUUAUUGGAUAAGGCUUUGAAUCUUCUGCUGCAACUGGAGAAGGAUGGGUUUGUGCCUGGGGCUGCUACUUAUGCUGUCCUUGUGGAUUGGUUUGGUAAGAUGCAGUUGGUUGACGAGGCAGAGCAGCUGUUGGGCAAGAUUGCUGAGCAGGGUGAGGUUCCUCCUUUCAAGAUUCAUGUGAGCCUCUGUGACAUGUACUCAAGGGCUGGAGUUGAGAAGAAAGCUCUUCAGGCUCUUGGAGUUCUUGAAGCGAAGAAGGAGGAAUUGGGGGCCCAGGACUUUGAGAGGAUUGUAAAUGCCCUCAUAGCAGGUGGGUUUAUGCAGGAAGCUAAAAGGCUACAUGGUAUAAUGGAGGCUCAGGGCUUUGCUGCAUCAGAUCAACUGAAGGUAGCCUUAAUGGCAUCUCAAACUUUCACCCGGAAAAGACCAACAAUGAGAUAAAGAUAAACUGCAUGGAUUUUUGGCUGCAAUGGAACAUCAAUGGAUUUUUGUCUGUAUGAAGGUGUUUGUGUUCAGACAGGGGAAGGUCUUAAGCAGUUGUUUUGAUAGAUCUGUUUGCUUUAUUCUAAACUUCCAUUUAAAAUCAUCAAUCUGUUCAUAAGAUUGAAAAUUUUUAAUUGAAGCGUUAACUUAGCAGUUGCUACAACGAUUAUUCUGUCUACUUGUGAGAUGUGAUUUUUUAGGGUGCCUAUUUGCUUUAUGGUGGACAAUGGACAUAGCUGUUUAAUCAAUUGAAUCUCAAUUC